AUGCUUGAUAAGGCUUUCAAUCCAAGAGAACCAAAGGGAUCAAUAUGCGAGCUACCACCUGACGCAGGCUCAUGUUUCCACGCCACUCUUCUACGCUAUUAUUAUGACGAGGAGACAGAAAGCUGCAAGAUAUUUUAUUACAGCGGUUGUCAAGGAAACGAGAAUAAUUUCGUCUCCGGAGAGGCCUGCAAGACAAAAUGCGAGGCGUUAACCAUUGAACCGUUACCUGCCGGAUCCAACCAAGGAUCAGGAUAUCAAUGGAAUGAUCCAGGGACCGGAACUAGCCCCGGAAAUAGCUGGAACUCUCCAAACUCUCCAGCUCCUACCAAAAGUGUUAACUGGAAUAAUCCUAGACCCACCAACGUAGUGAACCGAGGGUGGGGCAGUCAUUACAAAAAUAACAAUAAUAAUCAUCACAAUAAUCAUCCCAAUAACAAUAGACCACCAAACAACGCACCACCAAGGCAAGGACCGCCACAACAGUAUGACUUCAACAGUGGAAAUCCACACAAUAGGAACCCUCACAACAAUCACGAUCACCACCAAAAUAACCAUAAUAACAAUCCGCAGAGAUACAAUACACCAAAUCAUAAUUAUAAUCCAAACAACAAUAACCAGCAUUCAACUCACUCUGCUCAUAGUGGGGGAGGGGGUAGCUCAUUAACCUUUGUUGAGAACGACCCAAAUAAUCAAAGACCCAACAACCUUCCACCCGGGGUAAAGACUCCGGAAUUGAGAGAAUACAACGGUAAUUCUCCCUGGAACAGUGGAGGUUGGAAUAAAAAUAAUGGAUGGAAUCCAAACCAUAAUGUCAACAGUGGAAACAAUAACAGUGGUGGAAGUUCCUGGCGAUCCAAUGAGACUAGAAAUCCUCCAAACCAAGGCAGUGAUAAUAAUAACGGAUGGAACAAUCCGGGCAACCAAGGGGGAAGUGGAGGAGAUCCUUGGAAUCACUCGAUGUCGUUUAAAAGAAGAGUGGGAGCACAACAUAAUAAUCGUCAUUCUAAUAAUGCUGAUCCAUCAGCUGCAGGCUCUGAUACAAAUCUGCCGAACAACCAUGCGUCAUGGCAAAGACCAUCAAAUGGAUCGCCAUGGGGUACAUCCCAGUCAAAUAGCUGGAAUUCUCAUGGUGGAAACAACCAAAUGGGCCCGAUGUCUCCUGGUGCUCAUCUCAGACGACCAUUUGGGGACAAUCCCUACGGGUUUCAAAUUCAGACAACCACAUUGGAGGAUGAUAUCAUUCUCACCACUCCAACUCCCCCGGAAACAACUCCGCCUUAUAAUUACAACUAUAAUCAACCAUCACAAGCAAGUGAUAAACACAAUCAUAUCUACAACUGGGAUAGCCCCCCAAAUCAACCACCCACUAACAAUCCUCCUAACACUGUACCCAAAACUCAUAACAGGAAUGACCCUCCCUACUCUCUCCCAAACAAUGGUCAACCGUUUCCACCAAAGAAGAGUAAUAACUUCCAAAAUCAGCGUGUCAAACCGCCUCCACCUGAACCAAGUUAUAACUAUCAGCAAUUUGAUCAAAGCAAUACAAACCAGAAAAAGUCAUCCAGAAGAAAGUUUGCACCAGACUGGUUCCAGCCUGACGAGAGGUCUUCCUUUAAUCAGCAGAGUCCUAAUCCCCCUACAACCACUCCAUCACCCCCACCCCCUCCUAGUCACAAUCUUCCUCUUCCAGAGAAAACAUCCUGGGAUAACAUGUUUCGAAGAAAAAAUGAAAUGACAGCAGACAUUAAGCAGGCAGAACCGACACAGGUAGCGACGUAUGAUUUCGAAGUUGGUUCACCUGCUAAAUCAAAUGUCGACAGUGGAAGGCACCAAACUCAUAGUCAUGAGCAGACAGCUAGAACAGAGAAAAACACACCAAAGCAAAUUGAAAGCAUCGGUGCUUCAAAUCCAAACGUGAAUCAAUAUGAUUUUGAAGCAAAUGCCGGACCAGUAUAUGAAGACGAAAGUAAAAGGCAACAUCAUCAAACAGCAAAUAUUCCUCAAGAUUCCAAUCAUAAUGUAAACAAUUAUGAUUUCCAAGCUAAUUCAAAUGUUGCAUCAGAAGAAUCAAAUUUCCGCAAAGUAAGGGGAAAUACUAAAUCAAAUCAGGACUUUCGACGAGAAAAUGCCAAAAGAAUGUUUGAUUUGCACCUACAGAAAGGGGAUACAACCGUUGAUAAUUCUCAGAAGCAAAAAGAAUACGUUCAGCCCACGAACUCUCCAGUCAAUUCUCGAAUGACCUCAUUCAAUAACGUGCAGCAACCAUCUCAUGAAAAUCAAUCAGGUAGACAGGAAAUGAGUGGACAUAGCGAGAGAACAAAUAGUAAUUUCGAUAACUUUGUGAAAUCAAAACAAAACAAUCUAGAAGCUUCUAAUAACAAUGGAUGGAAUAAUCCUGUUAGUAGUUUCGAUUCUUUCUUGAAGCCAAAUCCUCAUGGAUCAACAUCUAGUUCAUCUUCUGAUAGAAAUUUCAACUCUAUCUUGAAUUCUCAUAAAAAUGACAUACCGACAUUUGAUAAUUCUCAGGGACAUGAGUUAAAGAGGACCAGUGCUGAACAUAAUCCAAUUCAAAACAUUAAUUCUAACAACAAUUUCGACGGUUUUCACAGAAGAAAUACAAAUGAUAUACCGAAAUCUGAAAGUUCUAAUGGACGUGAACUGAACAGAAACAGUGCUGAACAUAAUCCAAUUCCAAACAUUAAUUCUAACAACAAUUUCGACGGUUUUCGCAGAAGAAAUACAAAUAAUAUACCGAAAUCUGAAAAUUCUAAUGGACAUGAACUGAACGGACACAGUGCUGAACAUAAUCCAAUUCAGAACAAUAAUCCUCACAACAACUUCGACGGUUUUCGCCGAGGAAAUUCAAAUGAUGUACCGAAAUCUGGAAGUUCUAAUGGACAUAAACUGAACAGAAACAGUGCUGAACAAAGCCCAGUUCAAAACAAUAAUCCUCACAACAAUUUCGACGGUUUUCGCCGAAGAAAUUCAAAUGAUAUACCGAAAUCUGAAAAAUUUCAAAGACAUGACCAAACCAGAAACACUGCUGAAUAUAAUAAAAUUCAAAACACUAAUCCACACAACAAUUUCGACAGAUUUCGCCAAAGAAAUAAAGCACAUGAUCCCAAUUAUAAAAACCACGGAGACAAAUCAUUGAUGCAAAAUGAGCACCAUACUGCAGAGUUCAACACUGUUGGUGACAAAAAGCAGCAACUAAAAGUCAUGGAGCAUACAGGAGCAAAUAGCAACUCACAUUCGCAUGUACAGCAAAGUCAUACACAAGUACCAGUGCAGACUGAGAGACAUGUUGAUCAUAAUAGCAUGUAUCAAAUAGCCAGUUCUCCUCAAACUCAGUCGGAAACAAGUCAGGACACAUCACGUCCCAGAAACGUAUUUGAUUUAUCGGGAACUCAUACUGCUCAGUAUCGACCAACACAAGCACCUACCAGACAAACAGUAUUGUCAGGUGGAAAUCAUUAUGCAGAGGUUUCACCUUCCCUAGGGGCACUCAAACGACCACUUGCAGAAUAA